AUGUUAAACUCGCUAAAAAGGUUCAAGAGUUGUCAUACAUCCGACGUGUUGGAAGAAUGGCUUUACGAUCAUUCAGUGGUUGGAGAUCAAUAUUUAUUAUUUAAAAAACCAACACACAUUUCACAACGAGGUGCAUGCUAUCACAUUUCUGAAAUUCAAUCACAACAAACAUUUGAAGAAUACCUUCGAGUAUGGUCUGAGGCAAUCACGAAAAAACAAAUAUUCUACAUGGAGGAGAUUAGACCAUUUCACAAUUUUAAAUUAUAUUUAGAUUUGGAUUUCAAGUUGAAAGAGAAUGCAGCUUUUAAUUUAUCAAAAUCAUCAUGGUUGAAACAUAUCAUGAAAUUCACAAAAGAGUUCUUUUCAUUACGAAACAAUUUAUUAUCUGAUUUUUCAUGCUGCAUUACUUAUUGCAAUGGACCUUAUGCAUCUGACACGACAACUCCAGACUGUAAAUACAAAUCAGGAUAUAGAUUGUAUUUCACUUCGAUUCGAGUUCAAAACAAUGAAGAAUUUUCAUUGUACUUGUCAAAAUUAAUUGAAUAUAUGGAGCAAUGUGAGUGUACACAGUAUCCAAAUAAGGCUCAAAACUGGAGUUUGACUGAUAUCAUUGAUACAACGUGUGCUAAAUAUCCAAGGUGCCGAAUGUAUGGUAGUGAGAAAUUAAGGAAUGGUAAAGACUUGUCAAGGCAAUACAAGUUUUAUGGAUGUUUCAAUGAGCUUGGAGAGUUAGAUACCACCGAGACCGAGUUGAACAAGAAGUCUUUGAUUCGGUUGCUGAGUUCUGUUUCUCAAUUCUCCGCCUCCUUUUCUUCCAUGAUGAUGUAA